AUGGUGCUCCCGACAUUUGGUGCUGCUUACCUUCUAGUGGCCGCCGUGGGCUGUGCGGCUGCCCCUUCACCACUACAUGGCCGCAGCGCAAACACCAGCCAAGCCGUUUCCAUUCCGCUCACCCAGUACCUCAACAACAGAGCGUUCGGCAGCUUCCCUGGAGAUGCCGACUUCGACGGCUCCCUGCAAUCCUACCCGGCCGCCGAGCUGAAGUAUUCUGGUUCCUUCAUCUCCAGCGCUACUGGAGUCGACUACUUGUUUCCUGCUGCUGCGCUCUCCAAUUCCAGCGACAAUGUGCUUUGUCUCGGACAGACUGUCCCUGUACCGCCAGCGAAUUACCUCAGCGCUCAGCUGUUGGUCGCCAGUGACAAAAGAGACACCAUCGUCUCUGACAACAUCACUUUCAUCUAUGCCGACAACACAACAUCUGUCCUUGAGAUUCGCGCAGAGCCGUGGUGGGCUUUCCUGACCAUGUACAAGGGCGAGAUCAUCCUGCCUUACCGCUUCCUUUCCAAUGACACCAAUUUCAACACCACCCACGUCUACGAGUGGACCGGCGCCUUGGACCCUACCAAGCAGCUAACUGCCAUCUCUUUGCCCUCUACCUCCAAUACUACAACCGGCCGUAUGCAUGUCUUUGCUUUGUCGCUGCGAGGCGCCUCAGGCGUUCAGGUUCACCACAUCCGCCCUACCCAAAAGCAGGACGAGAGCGGCGCCGGUGUGCAGAUCGUCGAAGUGACGGUUGGUAAUUCCGGUCCAUCCUGGAUACACGGUGAUGGCGUUGAAGUGUCUAUCGAAGCCCCUGGCGUUGAAACGGUCAGGCCAGCCCAAAUCAAACGCCUCCGAGUCGGUGACCAAAAGAAGGUCAACGUCGGGGUCGUUGGAUCCACCAAUGGGACUGCAGUGGUGAAGCUCUCGAGCAGAAAUGAGACGAUCACUUUUACUUUCCCUGACACCGAAUUUGGCCUAAAGGACUACACCGAGUCCCUUGACAGUCUCACAUUGCAUGAAUCCCCUGAAUGGUUCAACAACGCCAAAUUUGGUAUUUUUAUCCACUGGGGGCCUUACUCCGUGCCCGGCUGGGGCAACUCAACCCCCUACGAGGUGUACGCGGAAUGGUACUGGUGGUACUCGCACCACCUGGCCGCCGACAAGGCCGACACGUACGACUACCACCUACGCACCUUCGGGCCCGACGUCAACUACGACGACUUCUUCGCCAACUUCACCGCCGCGAACUACGACCCUAAGGCCUGGGUCGACCUCUUCGCCGACGCGGGCGCGCAGUAUUUCGUCUUCACGACCAAGCACCACGAUGGUUUCGCCGGCUUCGACACCAAGGAAACCUCAAACAGGAACUCCCUCAAGUACGGCCCUAAGCGCGAUCUCCUGAGGGAGCUGUUCGACGCCGCCAAAACCUACCAGCCGCACCUGCACCGCGGCACCUACUUCUCCCUGCCCGAAUGGUACAACCCAGACUUCGGACCCUACGGCUUCGCGCAAAACGAAGGCAACGCAUCAACAUCCUGGCCCGGCAUCCUCGCGACGAACCAGUACACGGGCGAGACCGAACCCUACACGGGCCACGUCCCCGUGGCCGACUUCAUCGCCGACGUCAUGGUGCCGCAGCAGGAGAUCCUGGCCUAUGACUACGAGACGGAGAUCAUGUGGUGCGACUGCGGCGCCGCCAACGGCUCGGCCGCCUUCGCCGCCGCCUGGUUCAAUAGGUAUCCGUCGGCCACGAUGAACAGCCGCUGCGGCAUCGCGCAGGGCAGCGACUUCGACACGCCUGAGUACACGACCUUCAGCAGCGUCUCGCCCCGCAAGUGGGAGAGCAACCAGGGCAUGGAUCCGUACAGCUACGGCUUCAACCGUGCCACGGCUGAUGACGCGUACAUGAAUGCGUCGACGGUCGUAAAGUCGCUGGUUGAUAUGGUGUCGAAGAAUGGGAAUCUGCUGCUCGAUAUCGGACCUCGCGCGGACGGCUCGAUCGUCGAGGUUGAGGCGGAGAAUUUGCGGAGGGCGGGGACGUGGAUUAAGAAGCAUGACGAGGCCAUCUUUAAUACUACUUACUGGUUCGUCACGCCGGAGGUGGGGGAUGUCAGGUUCACGCAGAAUGAUGAAGCGUUCUAUGUGCUGUUCUUGGAGGAGCCGGUUGCUGGGGCGGAUGUCCUGAUUGAGGCGCCGUUGCCGGUGCUGCCGGGUGAUAGUGUCACGGUGCUGGGUGAGGGACUGGAAGUGGAAUGGGAGGCGGUUGAUGGUGGGGUCAGCUUCACUUGGCCGGCGGAGAUGGAGGGGAAGGGUGAGUACUGUUGGGUUGUGAAGAUUGGAUACACCGCUUGA